AUGGAGAAAGCCGAUGAUGAUUCCAACCAGCUGCCAAGCGAAAUCAUACACUUCGAAAUACUUCCAAGGUUACCUCGAGCGUCUCUGAUGCAGUUUCGGUGCGUUAGCAAGACAUGGAAAGCUCUCCUCUCUGCCAACCCUGGAUUUUGGAGGAUCCAUCGAAACUUGCAUCCCCAACACACUGGUCAUCUCCUUAUAAAAGCUUGCUCCGGCUCCGGUGCUACCCGAAAGCGCUACCUUGUCCUCGUCAAAGCCAGCCAAGAAGGAAAUACUCCAUCACAUGUCACUGACCUUGUGAAACUGCCCUGUCCAUUCAAGACAAUGCAAUAUACUAACGGCUUGGUAUUAGGGCACAGUGGUUUGGAUAAUGAUCCCAUUUAUGUAUUAAACCCCUUCACCCGAGAGUCUGUUAUUGUUCCCUAUCCGACUUUCCAAUAUGAAGAGUUGCAUUUCGGGUUCAGUCCUAGUACAGACGAGUAUAAGGUUGUGGCAACCCAUGAUAUUGGGGGUGUAGUAGGGUUUAAGAUUUUCACACUAGGUCAAGCUUCAUGGAGGAACAUGGUGGUAGACUGGCAUCACCUGUCAUUCGUUCAUCCCCCACCUUCGAACUUCAGGAAAAGUGUAUGUGUCAAUGGAGUCCUGUACUGGUUGCUCUCGCUCCCUAGUCAUAAAGCUAUAUUGGCUCUUGAUAUUGGAGAUGAGAGGUUUGGAAUCAUACCAGUACCUUCUCGAUGCUACUUCGAAGGAUACAUCAAACUUAUGGAAGUGGAUGGAUGUCUCUAUAUAGUAAUUGGGGAUUAUAAUAAGAUGGCGAAGGAGGAGGUGAUGUUGUUAAUUUUGAAGGACUACAAACAUCAAGUGUGGGUUACGGAGAUUAUCAAUCCCUCUCUACUAUGGGGUUACCGUGUUACUCCCUUGCCUCGGUGUACCACCCGCACAGGUGUAUCUGUCAUCCAUGGACUGCUGCUCACUCUUGGGGCAACUGAAGAUGCUCUCCGCGGAAUUCUUCUUCUCCGGCGCCGCCGCCAUCCACACUUUCCGGCUGAGGGGCCAGAUGGAUGGGCGAUUCUUCAAAGCUUUCGUCUCCGUCUACGUACAGUGUCGUCUGGCUCGUGGCCGUGA